AUGAACUUUGGAGAUGCCUGGAAAUCGUGGAUGGGCGAGUGUGGCAAGGAGCAAUCAUUCGCUAUCCUCGAUGCCUUCUUCAAGCUCGGCGGCAACUUCAUAGAUACAGCAAAUAACUACCAAAACGAGGAAUCGGAAACUUGGAUUGGAGAAUGGCUCAAGGCGCGUGGUGUACGCGACCAGAUGGUGAUUGCAACCAAAUAUACGACCGGAUUCCGAAAUUUUGAACGCGACGUUGAACCGAUCCAGUCGAACUUCGUCGGCAACUCAAUGAAGAGUAUGCGUGUCUCGGUCGAGCGAAGUCUCAAGAAACUGCAAACGGAUUACAUUGACCUGCUGUAUGUCCACUGGUGGGACUUCACCACGUCGGUCGAGGAGGUCAUGCAUGGUCUCAACAACCUGGUGACGUCGGGCAAGGUCCUUUACCUUGGUGUUUCAGACACCCCUGCCUGGAUCGUCGUAAAGGCUAACGCUUAUGCCCGCGCAAAUGGUCUGCGGCCAUUCUCUGUCUAUCAAGGCAAGUGGAAUGCGCGAUUCAGAGAUCUUGAGAGAGAGGUCAUCCCAAUGUGCCGUGACCAGGGAAUGGGGAUUGCUCCCUGGGCAGCUCUCGGCCAAGGAAAGUUCAGAUCAGCAGAGGCACGCAAGGGAACCAACGCAGAUGGCAGUGGCAGAGCGGCAGAUCUGAGCGAGGAGGAUAUCAAGAUUUCAGAGGCGUUGGAGAAAGUUGCGAAGAAGAAGAACACGACUCUGCAAGCGAUCCGGAAAAUUGAGCACCUUGAGGCGAACGUCGCUGCCUUAGGUGUGUCUCUAUCCCAAGACGAUAUCCAUGAAAUCGACAACUCCACAUCGUUUGAUAUCGGAUUCCCAUUGAACUUCAUCUUCCGCAACUAUUCUUCGGACUAUACUGCGUCAGAUGUCUUUUUGACUAAUGUUACGGCCCACGUGGACGUGCCAUCCCAUGUUAAACCUGUGCAGGCGCGUCAGGCUUAA